CUGUGUCGACUGUGUCGACUGCAAGACGUUCUCUCGUCCGUGUUGUUCCUCUCGUUUGUGCUUUGCAGGGUGUUUGUGUGCGGCAAUGGCGGGGAGCAUUGUGGUUUCGGUCACUGCCGUCGUGCUAGUACUGACAGUGCACGUGGCUGCAGCGCAGAGCACGGAACCAGAAAAUGAAUCUUCAGCUGCGGCCACACAUGGCCAGGAUAUCCCUACCUGGAAAGCCUGUGAAGCUGCUGUCAAAACCAACAUGCGCAUGGAAGUUUUACCAGGAAUAGGCUGGGACAACUUGAACAACAGGAACAUGGGUGUGAUCUCCGACUUCACCUAUGAGAAAUGCCAGGUGACUGGUGAUCUGCGCUACCUGAUUCCCGACCAGGUCAUCGCUACGCCCCUGAAGAAAAGCAAGGUGAUGGAGUAUGCGCAGUCUUUCUCAAAAUUUACCGACUACAAGAGCACACUGUCGCAGUCGAUGAGUCUGGACACCACAUAUAACCAGGUUUCUGGGUCACUCUCUCAGGAUUACUACGACAACAAGAUCAACCAGGUCAAGACGAAAAGUUCCACCACGCGGUGUGAGAUCCGGCACGAGUUGUACAAAUUGGAGGUGCAGCCGGAUGCUCCUCUCUCGCCGCCACUGAAGAAUCGCCUGAUGAUCAUCGGUGGCUUGGUCCACAGCAAUCAGUUUGAGGCUGCCAGGUUCGAGAUCGAUCUGAUAAUUCGAGACUUUGGAACACACAUUGUGCGCUCUGUCACAGCUGGCGGAGUGUUUAUGCAGGAGACACAGGUAUCAAAACUGCUUGACAAGAAAUCAAGCAGUGAAGGCUUCGCACUUGGCUUGGAGUUAGCUGCUUCGGACAAGUUCUCCAAAUCCGCUGAUCUAAAAUUUAAGAUCGUCAUUGAUACAGAUCAAUCUGAGUCCUUCACCAACAAAACAUCACAGUCCACGACAAAGACGCAUGGAGGGCCAUCGUAUAAGCCGGGGAUGAGUGCUGACGCCUGGGAAAAGGGGCUCGCGACAAACCUUGUAGCCGUGGACCGCAGCGGCGACCCGUUGGAGUUUGCCAUCACCGAGUUUGCUCUGCCUGAGCUUCCAGCACCCACCGUCCGAACGAUUCAAGAGUACUUGGGCCAUGCCACACAAGCCUAUGUGAAGUAUAACACUCAUCCUGGCUGCCUCGAUGUAUCAUCUGUUAACUUCAACUUUGGGGCUAACGUGGCUGAUGAUUCGCUAUGCAAGUCAUCAGCCACGGGCGAAAGUUACAAGUUUGGUGGAGUGUAUCAAACUUGCACUGCUUUCAACGAUACUAACAACAAUGUUUGCAAAGGCCUACAGCAGAACAAUCCAUCUUCAGGAGGCUUGCAGUGUCCCCCUGACUAUGACCAAAUCAAGCUUUUCUCAGGUGAACGAAACUUCAACUGGCACACGAAUGUUUGCUCCUACAAAAGCUACAAGUGUGGGAGUGUAUUCCACCGUCGUACUUGUUCCAGAAAGGUUUGCCACACCGUAUUCUCCACGGCCAGGGCAGAGUACGAUGCCUUCUGGUGUGCAGAACUGGUCAACAUGACCGAAGAUAAGGGGUAUGCGUUUGGCGGCCUGUUCACCAACACGAUGUCAAACCUGGUCACCGGCAGUAAAUCAUGCCCCGACUUGUUUUACCCACUGAAGAUUGGCUCUCAAGUAAGGGUGUGCGUUAGCGAGGACCACAGUCGGCAAACAGCACAUCAAGUUCAAUUCGGAGGUUUCUUCAGCUGCUCAACUGGGAAUCCCCUAGCCCUGGUGGAUCUGAAUGAGCCGAAGCGGCUGGACAAGCUUGGAUUUAAUCUCCUGACAGGCGAGGAUGUCUGGCCGCACCAGUGUCCACACGGAUACGCUCAGCGCCUGGCUGAGGUGAGCAACGGCUGCGAGAUCUACUACUGCAUCAAGCAGAGCGGUCAUCAUGCGCCCUACGAACGGAUUCUGAUCAACCGGCCUCCGUACGGUAGAUCCUACCCGAUGCCUAGCGCAGGAGAGAUUGACACUGCCUCCAUAGUCGGUCCCGGCGGCGAAACCUGGAGGAAGAAUUUAACGACGGGAGCAUGGAAAAAGGAGAAUACAUACGAAGAAAUGGUUGCCCUCCAGGACUCCGAAGCCACUGGUUGGGCAGUAGGAACUUUAACCCUGAUAUCUGUGGUUGUUAUCCUGAUCAUUGUCCUGAGCAUCGUCCUUUACAAGUACAGAAUAGCCACCAGAAACCAGGCCCACAGUCACGACUCACCAUGACCAUCAGAUUCUCUAGAUAAUGAACAAGAAAUAUUUAUCGCCUCUGUUUAAAAUGCAAGCAAUGUAUAUCUAGACACGGCAAAUUGUCUUCACCGACCUACUGGCUUCACUUCACAGGGUAAUAUCAUUAUUUGCCCGCUCAUGCUGUGCCUCAAGUUCUACUUGCUACUAGUCGAUUUCCAAGACUCUUAGCUCAUUAGUUCAGUAGGUUCAUCAUGGAACCUGUCUUGUGUUUUACACUGCAACUGGCCCAAUGUUGGAGAGAGAGCAGGA